CCUUCAUUCAUUUCAUGUCGGUCAGCACCCACUGGCUGCAUGCCAUGCAGCUCAGGAGAAUGGAUGCACUGACUGCAUGUGGACAGUUGGCUACGCACACAGGCACGGCACGUUGCUCAAUAGUCGUCGUCGUAUCUGUGCCUCUCCCCACUGCGCUUCUGCUUGGACUUGGACCGACGGCGGUCUUCCCUGCACACAUCCAUCCAUCCAUCCAGCAACACAGACACACACACACAUCAACACAGCCCCCCGCCUCCCAACCGCCCCUCCAUAACCUCACCGGUCGCGAUCGUCGUCGUCGUCAUAAUCCCUCCGCCUGUCCCUGUCCCUGUCCCUCUCCCUCUCCCUGUCUCGCCUUUUGUCGUACUCGUCCUCGUCGUCAUCGUAGCGGCGGUGGUCCCUCUUGCGGUCACGGUCACGGUCACGAUCGUAGUCACGAUAGUGAGACCUGAAAUGCAAUGACAGAUGACAGAUGGCGCAUUUCAGACGCACACGUGUGGUAUACCUGGCUGACCUCUUCCUGUCUCUGUCGCGGUCUCGGUCCCUGUCUCUGUGUCGGUCCCGGGACCGCCGGUCGUCGUCGUUGUCGUCGUAUGAACGGGAGCUGCGUAAAUGGAAAUGGACGGAUGGAUGGAUGCGACACGGAUCCAUCUACGGCAUGGCAUGCUGUGCACGUGUGUGUUCGUCCAUGCCAGGUGGCAUACAUACCGAUCGCGUCGCCUCUCACGGUCCUUGGAGCGCCUGACACAACAGAGAUACAGACAAACAGAUACACGCGCGUGUGCUGUGUCGUGUUGUGUUGUGGUAUGAGCAGAGGUGGGGCGGGUGCACAAACAUGCUGGCAUACAGACAUACCUCCUGUCCCUGUCCUUCUCUCGGUCUCGGUCUCGGUCUCUGUCUCGGUACCGAUCGUCGUCGUAGCCACGGUCUCUUUCCCUCUCCCUCUCCUUGUCCCUGCACACACAUGACGUCACAUGCACACACAUGCAGUCAGUCGUUCGUGUCUUGCCCAUCCAUCUGUGGAGAUCGCCCACUUGCUCCGGUGUCUCUCCUUCUCCUUCCGAUCGCCAUCUGCCGAAUGAAAGAUUUGAACGGGCAUGCACUCGUGUGGCGUGGCGUGGUGUGGUGUAGCGCUCUGUCUGCUGUGAGCUGCGUGCGUACUGAUGGCCUCGCCCUUCUUGCCGCCGCCCUCGCCCUCUCUCUCCUCACCCCUGUCCCUCUCCCUGUCCCUCUCCCUGUCCCCCUCCGACGCCCUCUUGGCCUCAUCGCCAUUCACACCGUCCUUCUUGCGCUCCUGAUAUGUAUGACACCCACACGCGCGACGGGGUUACGGCACGGCACUCUAUCGGUGCUUUACCUCCUGCCUCUUGCGUAUCUCAGCAAGGUAUGCGCGAAUCUUCUCGUAGCCCAUGUGCUGCUUGCCCGUCACGUGGCUCUCGAAACGCGACAUCGAAUCAGCUGCAUGGCAGUCGCCCACAGUGACAGUGUGUGUGGGGGGGAGGGGGUUAGUCGGGUGGUCUCACCGAGUGACUGCAUCGCCCCGCAGACAUUGCACACCUGAAAAACAGACCGACACGAACAAGGAUGUGCGUGUGUGCGUGUCGGUGGACGAGAUGACCAUGCCGCCUCACACAGACAUACCCUACCCUGAGUUGUGUCUCCUUGCGGAUGUACGAGUCGAAGGGCGUGGCUUUGAUGCGUUCGAUCUCGUCCUUGUAGGUGGCGAUCUCCUGGUGGAACAACGCGCACUCGCUGAUGCGACCCUGUGGACACACACACACACACACAUACACAUACAAACGGCUAGAUACUGAUUCCGUCCAUCCAUCCAUCCAUCCAUCCAUCCAUGUGUGGGUGAGUUUUAAUUUGCCUCCUCAGCGAGCUCCUCGGCCUUCUUGAGUCGGUCGCUGAUGCGCGCCUGCACGCAUUCCCCACACCCCACACACAGGCACACACGUACACCACUUUCGCCCCCCUGUGGUGUGAUGGGAUGGGGACCUCUAGCUCGUUCACGCGCUGCUGCUUGUCUUCGGGAAGAGUGGCCUCCUGUGUCGUUCGUGUAUUGUGGACACACACACACACGUGAGGUGGCGCAUCUGUCGUAAGGUACACACACACGUGCGCACCGGUAUUGGGGCGACAAUCCGCUGGUUGCCCUUCUUGAUCUUGGCUUCGACCUGGUCGACCAGCUCCUGCAGCACCUUGGCAAAGUCCUCCUCAUACUGAGCCUGCAUGCCGCUCACACACAUGGUGCCGUGUGUCUGUGUGUGUCUGUGUGUCACAGUCAGUCACCUGCAGUGCGUCGUGCUCAGGGUCCGCCAGGAACGCCUCCCGCAGCGCAUCAGAGUGGAUGUUUGGACACCUGCCCAGCCAUCCAGCCAUCCAGCCAUCCAUCCAUCCACACAAGCGAGAAGGUGCCAACCUGUGAGUGCAGUGCAGUGCUUACGGCCCGAGGUCGCUCUUGGUGUUGGGAAAGAGCUCAUGCGGGCAGAAGUCGAGCAGGUACCACUUGCACACCUACUCUCACACACACGCAGGCACGGACACACUGACUGACGCGCUGUCUGCGUCUGCUCUGGACGUGCGCGCACGCACUUCCGGGUCUCUGAAGGAAGAUCUCUUCUUCUUUCGCUCGUUGAUGCUCGCGUUGCGGUCCUUCCCCAUCAGGGAAUCCAACAUCGCUACAGACAGACACCCACACGCACAGAACAGACACAUCAACAGACACACAACACACGGACAACAGACAGACAGAUCCAGGCAGGCAAGCAUGGCAUGUCUCGUUCUACACACACGUGCAUCGCGCGAUCUUCGCCCACCUCGCAUCUCGUCCAUGGCGGCAGGCGGCGGACACUCGGAUGUGCCCGGACGGCGACUGAUUCAGAACAAAUCACCCAGUUUGACAGUGGUGUUCGCUAGAUGAAAGGUUCUCUUCAGCAGCACGAACAAAUCCUUCACCACGAGGGCGGAGGCAGGCCCUCUCCCCGGCGAGCUUUUC